AUGAACGGCAACGGCCACAUCAACGGCAAGGCGAAUGGAAAGCCUGUCGCAGGUCGCAGAGGUUCAAUUAAGAAGAGAAGAAGUAUUUUUGCAUGGACUUUUAGUGUCGUUGCUAGACUCGCGACAUGGUUCGCCAUCUAUACAGUCCUCUUCCGAUGCCCACCCUCGCUCGAACAGUGUGACGAGAACUCCCCAUCGAUUUGUAAACCCUACUUCCAGGUUAAGAACACCGUGCAACCUCACGUUCAACCAUACUACAAUCACUAUGCAGCGCCCUACGUUGAGAUCGCCCGUCCAUACUACGAUACUGUCGAUAGCAAGGUCUGGCAGCCCACUCGCGCAUACGCUGUUCAAUAUGGAGCUCCAUGGGUCGAGAAGGCGCAGGCGCACACCCAAGCUUUGUGGGAGAAGAAUGGACAGCCUCAGCUUGUCAAGUACCAGGCUCUUGCGCGUGCGCACUAUGAACAAUCCGUUGGCCCCUACGUGAACCAAGCUGGCGAGAAGCUAGGCCCAUACUACGACAUUGCCCGCACCAAUGGCCUGCAGAUGUACUACGAAUACCUCCAGCCAGGCUACGAAUUUGUUCACCCAUACGCUAUUCGAGGUUAUGAUGUAGCUUCCGACUUUACUACAAAGACAGCUCUCCCCACAGCGUACUGGACAUGGAACAAGACUUAUGCGUUCCUUGACAGCAAUGUUUGGCCUCACGUCCGCGCCGUCUACGUCCAGAACGUUGAGCCCCAGCUUAUUCGCAUCGGUGAGCGAUUGGGACGUUACAAGACCAAGACUACCAAGCCCAUUCAGGAAAGCUACUCCUCAAGCUACACCACAACAACUGCCUCAUCUUUCCAGAAGCCCGCUCCUCAGAGCACCACUUCUGUUCAAAUAUCAUCAUCUCAGGCUCCUAUUGCUACCGAGAGCCCUCUACCUGAAGUUGAAUCUGCUUCUCCUGAGUACAUCAACCCUGUCCAAGCCCCUCCUCCCACCGAAAAUGAGAGCGAGAAGCGACGAAAGGCUCGCGAAAUGGUGGCCCAGGACCUCGAAACUUGGCAGACAAAGUUUGCUACUCAAGCCGAUGAGGGUGCCAUUGACUUGGAAGAGCGCGUUGACGAGAUUGCCAAGCGCAUGAUUGAGGAGAAUGUCAACACUAACGGUCAGAAGCUCUUUGACGACCUUGAGACCACAAUUGAUCGAGAACUCACCGGUCUUAGAAACAAGAUCGUAGAACUUGCUGGAUCUAACGCGGAUGGUGCUGAUGUGAACCAACAGAUCGUCACCGCUGUGCGAUCUUCUGGAAUGGCCAUCAAGCAGAAGGCCCAAGCCAUUCGACAAUGGCGCCAAGGCUAUGACCAGGAACUCCAGGAGACUGUUAUCACUGUCGCCGAUGUUCAUUUCCAGGUUCUUGACGAGACUAGGAAUCUCGCCCUACAACAGAUCGGAAUGAGGUGGGCUUGGACAGAUGGCAUCACUUACAAGGACUGGGCCAAGUACCACGAGCUGAAGCGUACACUCAAUGAGUGGACUGAGCAACUGAAGCAAUUGAUCGUUACCCACCCAGCCCUGCUCGAGGCCCAGGACGCCGCUGCACGAGUUGAGGAUGAGGGAAUGGAAAUCGCUUCUGUGGCUGCUAAGGAGCUGGCUCGCCUUAAGGACGUUGCCCGCUACAAGGUUGCUGCCGGAGAUACGUCAGACAAUUUUGACGUUGAUGCUAUGAAGCUUGCAGCCGAGCAGGCUGCAGCAGCUAAAGAAGCUGAGGCCCAGACCCCGGCUGAGGACGACAGCGCCGCCUCCAGCCUUUCAGACGUCGUUGAAGAGGCUACAUCUCAAGCACAGGACGCCGAACAGAACUUGGAAGACUUUGUCGCUUCUAUUGCCGAGCCUGUUAAGGAGGAGGCAUCCGAAGUUGCCGAAUCUGCCAGCGAGAGCGUUUCCAGCGCUUCGUCUGUUUUCGACGAGCCUAACAUAAUCGAGAAGGCUACCUCAGCCGUUUCAAGCAGCGCCGAAUCCAUCGCCAGCGACGCCUCUAGCCUCAUUUUUGAAGGUGAGGAGAGUGCCAGCAGCAUCACUAAGGAAGCCUCAGAGACUGUUGAGUCUCUAUCCUCCACUGCCUCCGAAUCCGUCGCCCCCGUUAUUGAAGAAGCGUCCAGCGAGCUCUCGGAAGUUGCCGAGUCAGCCACCAAUGUCGCAAAGUCAGAAGACAGCAGUAUGUCGACCCCCCUUGCCUCGGAAGCAUCUGAAGUGCUUAUCGGUAACACCUUUUCCGUAGUCAGCAAUGGUAGUGAAGAGCCCCUUGAGGCUGGUGACAAGGAGCCACUCGUCGAGAUUGAAGAGGACCCCCUGACCCACCGCGAUGAGACCCCUCUGUCUGAACAGCAUGAGCAUGUCAAGCCCGCUUUCCUCGGUGCUGCAGCCCAAGAGGUCCCCCACCGACAGAUCGUCCUUGACGACUAUGUCGAUACGGAUGCGAUUGCUAGCGCCACCGAUGCUGCGCAGUCUGUGUACUCGAACGCCGUUUCUCGUGCCUCCGAGCAAUACUCAAGCGCUCUUUCAGUCGUCUCUGCUCAGAUCUAUGGUACUCCCAAGCCAGUUCAUGAGCAGCUGCUGUCUUCUGUCUCUUCAUCUUAUGACAAGGCAGUCUCAGCCGCUGGUGAUCAGUUUGACAAGGCUAAGCAGGCCGCUACCACCGCCGCUCAACAACUUCCUGCCACCACUACCGUCCCCACCUGGCUCGACUGGGAGCGUAUUGAAUCCAUUGCUUCCCAGAGACUCAACGAAGGUCGACUUUGGGCCGAAAUCCAGUACCAGAGUGCUCUCAUUGCCGCUGGACUCGCCACACCUACACCUUCUUCAGCCCCCGAAAAGUACUAUGAGCAGGCCAAGAUGAACUACUAUGCUGGCCUCGGUGCUGCCCAGGACCGAUACUCUAGAUUCCUGGCUGGCGCAUCUUCUGCUCUCUCGUCCCUCACCGCUACCCCUACUCCCACUGACCUAACGGGAUCUGCCUCCUCUGUCGCUUCUGUGGCUAAGGAGUCUGCUGCUUCCGCUGCCCAGGCGGCAGGUGAAGCUGCAGGAUCUGUUUACUCUGCUGCUGGCGACACCGUCAAGUCUGCCGCUAAGGCUGUCGACGACUCCAUCUCUUCAGUUGUCGAUGCUGCCAACGAGCAGAUCUCAGCCGCUGGCCUUGCCAUUGGUGAUUCUUGGAACAACAUUGUUGAGCAGAUCAGUGGCCAAGUUUACGGCGAACCGACCCAGAUCGCCUGGUACGAGCAUGUCUGGGGUGACGCCAGCUCAUAUGCAUCCAAGGCCACCGACGCUGCUGCUGACAAGGCAUCUAUCGCCUCCGAAGCAGCUGCAGCAUCUGCUGUUACCGCCUCAGCCGAGGCACUUAGGCAGUACGAAUCCGUGAGCGAGCUUGUCUCCGAGCUCAUCAGCGGCAAGGAGCCCUCUUUCACCGAGAGCGUCCUGGCCCGAUUCCAGAGAGCCUACGCCACCGCUGCUGCCAACGCUGAAAGCCUCAGAAGCCAGGCCAACGAAGCUGCGGCCUCUGCCGCUGGCAAGGUUGGCAGUGCAGCCAGCGAGGCUACCGAGGCUGUCAAGGAGACCUUCCAGCGUGCGAAAGACGAGUUGUAA